AUGCCUAUUAAUACCUAUUUUAUUUUAUAUUUUGCAAAAAAUAAAAUCAGAUUAAAUCUAGGCAAAAGUAAAGAAACCAUGAAGAAUCAGUAUGAGGUUGAAUGAUUUUUGAGGUCAAAAUUAUCUGCUAAAGGAGAUUUUGAUGCUACAGAUAUAUUAAAAAAGUUUUCUGGUUCUUUAGAAAUUGAAGGAUUUUAUUCUGAUAAGCUAUUUACUGUAUGGGAAGCUUAUUAUUGCAUUGACGUGCUAUCAGAUGAAAGACUGGCCAGAAUCAAGCUAAAUAAAGCGGUUUCUAUGAGGUCAACCCUUGAAGGAGAUUUUCAAGUCUGAAAAUGCAAAAUAUUAUUAGAAGAACACUCAAUAGGGUUUUAUGAAGAUAUAAGCACGCUUUACUAUAUUUUACAAUUAGAAAAUAUUAAGAAAAAAGAUGAAAUUUUAUGCAAUAAAUUUCUUGAUUUUUGAGCAGAAAUUACAUCUGAUAAACCGAUGAUGGCAAAACUUCAACAUUUUUCAGGAGAAAUAUCAAGGAAAUUAGAUGAAGUAAAAAAGGGAUAUUCAGAUUUAGUGAAAAGCUUUCCAAAUAAUAUUUAUUGCCAUGAGCUUUAUGGAUCUUUAUUAAUGGAUAUUCUUAAAAACAACGAGAUUGGAUUUAAACUUUUGAGCCGAAAAAAUGGUCUAAUGUCAAUCCAAAAAGAAGCCUCAAAAUCUAAAUUUUGGAAAUUUUCUGAAAUUAAUGGCUUUCUAAUUGUAUCUGCUAACCCAGAAUUAUUUGGGACAAUAAUCUAUGCAAAUUUACCUGCAGGCCAAAUUCUAUCACAGCCAGUAAGCCGAAUUAUUGGAUCAAAGCUGAGCAGCUAUAUUCCUGAGCCAUUUUCUGAACAGCAUGAUAAAUAUUUAAAAAAAUUUCUAUCAAAUUGUACAAACCCUGACGUCGAGCCUAAAAUGUCUUAUUUUCUAAAAAACGAAAGAGGCUAUUUAGUAGGCUGUGACUUUAAAAUAACCCUUAUUUCUUUAGUCGAACAUAUUUAUUUUUUUAUUUCAUUGAACCCCAAUGUAAAACACAGAGAAUUUGCUUUAGUUUCUGAUUAUGGUCAAAUUUAUGCAUACAGUGAAUUAUUUCCACAAAUUAUUGGUAAUAAUAAAAUAAGCCUAGCCAAUCAGUUUGCAGAUAAAAUAAUUCCUGGGGUAGAAUGUUUAGCAAUGAAACCUCUUGAACCGUUACUUAUUUCGAUUAAUUCCAAAGAAAUUUUGCUUGUAAAAAUCACGCAUAUAGUUUUGAAGUCUUCGUUUACAUUUUUAGUUCUUAUUGAUGAUUAUAGUGAAAUUGAAGCUUGAAAAAGAGGAGAAGACACAAUACAAAAAAGAGAAAACAAAUAUAAAAAUGAAAAUAAUUUAACAAAUGAUGUGAAAAAGAAUAAAAGUCUCAGUAGAAGCCCAAAGAAUCAUCAUAGGCUAUCUGCUUUUUAUUCAGUAGCAGAAAUAGGGUAUACGAUAGAAAAUGAAAAAAAUAAAGAACAAGAAAAUAUCAAAACUCCAUUUACAGCAGCAGAAAGCACUUUAGCAUAUAAUGCUGGUUUAGGUAAUUAA